AUAGAGUCGAGCGAGCUCGGAGUCAGCCAGUCGCCAGUGAGUCGCGGUAACAGCCGCGGCGCCCGCGUGUGUUACGUAAAAAUCGAGAUACGUGAUAUAUGUACAUAUAAGAAAAAACGUUAUAUAUCUAUAUAAUAGAUAGAAAACAUAUACCGUUAUAUAUCCACCAAACGUCAUCAUCCACCACCACAUGCCAACAUCGUCGCCCGCCUCAACAUUAUAAAUCUCUCUCUCUUUCUCUCUCGCUAAAUUAUAUAAAUAAAUAUCUCUCUAUAUCUGGCGCGCGUCCCUCGGCCCUCCUCCUGCAUCUCAGCAUCGCAGAGCGUGGCAAAUUGAUAAAUUUGUACUGCGCGCGCACACGUGCAUUGUAACAGAUUAAAAAACAACAACAACAAAUCAGCUUCCACAAUCAGCGCAUUCAUCCUGUAUAAAUAUAAAUCGCCAUCGAAUCUCAGAUCAGCAUCAAAAGCAUUGAAAUCGACGCAACAAUCAACAACAACAACAACAAUCGACAGCAACAACUGCAACAGAGCAUCGUCGGUUUUGUAAAACUCGGCUCUCUCUGUCUCUAUCGCGCUCGAAUCGCAAUCCAUUGCAUCAAUUUUCGCACACGUGUGCGCGUUCCACUACUGUCACUCUCUUUAUAAACUGAAACCACUGCUUGUCUGACUCCAUCUCUCUCCUCCCCCCACCGCUCCACUCGUCCACACACUCUCUGUGUCUGUGUGUGUGUGUAAAACAUAGCAGUCCUCCUCUCGUGGCUGCGGCUGUGCUUGUGCAAAAGAAAUAACAAACACAUUUCGUGCGUUACGUGCAACGCGCGCGCAUCGCAGCUGAGAGGACUUGUGACAAAAAGAAAAAGAUCAACAAGCCUAUGCGUGUGUCAGUUAUUGUAAUAAUACACCGAUUAGCGGAUCGUUAUAUAAAUCCGCAACGAGGAGAAGAGCCGCGCUUUGGAUGAAAAUUUCGUGUGUUGUGGUGCAUCUCGAACCGCCGAUGACAGUGUGACAGCCACAGCUAACGAAAAUAAAGACGCGCUUCGCAGAGAUCUUCGCUCGCGGCGAAAGUAUUUGUGCCGCCGCAGCAGCGAGAGUGUCUCAUUGUCGGUGAAGUCGUCGAGUCGCGAGCGAUUACAUUAAUCGUUCAUAUCGCUCUCUUGCCGAGUGAGUGAGUGCGUGCAGCCUAUCGCAAUAAUAAAAUAAUAAUAAUAAUCAUCGACGUCGUCGUCGCCGAGAGCCCAAAACGAGGCUCUAGUGCCGCGAGUGAGUGUGUCUGUGUAUACAUUAAACAUCGUUCAGUGUGUGCGCGCGCUCGGCUUAUCUGCGGCCGCGCGCGUUAUCGGUAAAUAUAAAAUUUUCGUCGCCUUGCAACACAUCGCUGCUCCGAGAGAGCUAUACAAUAUCUCUCUCUCUCUCUCUCUCUCUCGUACUUGUACUUGGACGACGUGCACACGAGCAGACGAGCAACUACUGCCCGUGAGUCAACACAUAGAGUACUGCCGAUUUGAGCAGCAGCCCAAGCGGACGAUCAGUCGAUCCCUGUGCGAGGAGUAAAAUCAGCAGCAGCAGAACAAGAGAAGGAAUGUAAGAUCGCGCGCGUUUCGCGAUACAUACAGUGUUGUGUGCACAUUCGAUAUACAUAUAGCGAAGAGCCGUGCGAUCGAGCCGCGCAAUCGCACACUUCUGCUGCGCAAGACCUCGAGUUUAGCACACCUAUAUAAACACACAUACACACACAAUCUACGUUUCGUAUCUACACGUAUAUAAAAUUGCGCCCGCGUGUGUGUACCAAUACAGAUAUAAAGUCGCGCGAGUCUCAGUUCCGUGCUCAGCUCCGUGUGUGUUUUAAAAGUGUGCGUGUGCCUCACAGCAGCAGUGUCUUUAUCCGUGUGAGUGUGUCGAGUGUGUGUAUCUACGUAUAUAUAUAUAUAUAUACGAGUCAGUUCGCACACGCUUAUAUAGCUAUAUAUAUAGGUGCCUCUGUUUCUGUGUGAAUAUAUCUAUAUAGCAGUGCCGUAGUGUGACUCGAUCGCGCGCGCGCGCACACGCGAAUACUACCAGCCAGCUCAAGCACAGGCAGCAACAGCAGCAGCUCCGACAGUAUUCGUUGCUAGCUAUCCAUCAGCGAAUAUUCAGCAGAGCAGCAGCAGCAGCAGCAGCGUCGCUCGCGCUGCUUUAAAACCUCCGAGGCUCGCCAGCACAGCAGCGCGCAAAAUUGGCUCGAGCCAAUAGGAGCAAAAGAGACGGGGAUAUAGAGCAGAAAAGUCAGCAGCAGCAGCUCUCGCACACGGGCGAAGCAGCAGUAGCGACUACGGCAACAGAGCGCGGACUGCUCGAAAGUCCAAGUUGCAGCCGCAGAGCGCCUAGUCGUCGUCGUUCCUCUAUAUAUAUAGCCAACACUCGCACACAUAGUGUGGAGCUAUAUAUAUAGCGACAACACAUAAACAGGCGCCUACAUAUAGUGUGUAUAUAUCCGAGAGCCAGCCCCGACUCGCGAGUGCGAGGCAGUGCCAGAGAGGCGCAGCCAACACCAGUCGUCGAGAGUAGUCUCCUCGUUGUCGUCGUCGUCGUCGUCGUCGUCAACAGUGAGUGGUGGUGCAAAGAUGGCCGCUGACUCGGGUAUGGAGACGUGUCCGUCCCCGGAGAUAGCCGACUCGAGGAAACGACCACUGGAUUGCGACGCCGAGAACGGCUCGACCAAGCGAUCGCACUAUGGAACAGAUAGCAAUAUAGUCUUUAAAAAGAUGCGUCGGUUUCUUACAGGCGAUGGAACCUAUCAUCUCAAAGUGCUCGUGCCGGGAGUCGCUGCUGGCGCGAUCAUCGGCAAGGGUGGCGAAACCAUUGCCCAAUUACAGAAAGACACCGGAGCGAGAGUCAAAAUGUCCAAGUCACACGACUUUUAUCCAGGAACGACCGAACGAGUGUGUCUCAUUACUGGCAACGUAGAAGCUAUAAUGUCCGUCAUGGAGUUCAUAAUGGAGAAGAUACGAGAGAAGCCCGAUUUAACCACAAAAACUUCCGUCGACUUCGAAUCCGGCAAAGCAACGGCUGAGAGAGAUAAGCAGGUAAAAAUCCUGGUGCCAAACAGCACGGCGGGCAUGAUAAUCGGCAAGGCCGGCAACUACAUCAAGCAAAUCAAGGAGGAGUCCGGCUCGUACGUGCAGAUCUCGCAGAAGGCCAAGGACGUGUCGCUGCAGGAGCGCUGCAUCACCGUGAUAGGCGAGAAGGAGAACAAUCGCAACGCCCUGCUGAUGAUCCUGGCCAAGGUGGCCGACGACCCGCAGAGCGGCACCUGCCUCAACGUCUCGUACGCCGACGUGAGCGGACCCGUGGCCAAUUACAAUCCCACGGGCAGCCCGUACGCCCAGACGCCCGCGACGACGCCGACCUACCCGACGGCCGCGGCCGCGGCGGCUGCCGGCCUCAACACAGGUAUUGCUAAUCCAGCCCAACGCCAACAAUCGUGUAUAAGUAAGAACACGCUGAGUUAUGCAACGCAAAGUCCGUACUCGCGUGCAGUAUUAGACUUGUGCGACUCCCAGAAAGCGGCGGUGAGCCUACUGAACGGCGCCGGCCUCAGCCUGAACCUGAACCUGGGAGCCGCCCUCACCGCGGCCGGCCAGCAGCCCACGACGACAGCCAGCCAGCUGCUCGAGCACAUCAAGCUGAGCCUCCACAGCACGGGCUUCAACGAGCCCGCCGCCACGGAGAUCCUCACCGCUGUGGCGACCCUCGUCAAGUACAACGUCCUCGGCAUGGGCCUGGGCGGCAUGCCCUCGGUCUCGUACCUGAGCGCCGCGGCGGCCAACAACGCGGCCCUUGAAUCGGCCCAGUCGGCCGCUGCGGCGGCGGCUCAGGCGGCGGCCAACGUGGCCAACGGCACGAGCAGCAACGGAGGCGUGUUCGGGCCCAUCGGCACGGUGCCCAACCUCGGCUCGUCGUCGCCGACGCCGCGCGCCACCCUCGACCGCUACGAGCCCUUCGACCCGUUUCGACAGAACAGCAACGCUGCCGCCGCAGCGGCCGCGGCGGCGGCCAUCAACCUCAACAACAACAGCUUCGGCCUGGGCACGAAUCAGCUGUCACUCGUAAGUAAGUCGCCGAGCGGCCAGGCGGCCGUCGACGCCGCAGCAGCAAGCGCAGCCGCGGCCGCCGCGGCAGCCGGCAUCAAGGAGGGCAAGAAAGACAUUAAGAUUGCAGAGGUUAUAGUGGGAGCAAUAUUGGGACCCGGCGGUCGGAAUCUCGUUAAGAUACAGCACCUCAGUGGCGCGAAUAUACAGAUCUCGAAGAAGGGCGUCUUCGCCCCCGGUACAAGAGACCGCAUCGUCACGAUCACCGGCUAUCCCGAUGCCAUCAGAACCGCUAACUACCUCAUCGAUCACCAGAUCAGCGAGGAAGAGGCCAAACGAGCGCGCCACAAUACCAUUACUGGCAUGAUUCAUUGAUCGGAGCGCGUCGCUUCCAUCGACGGCUAGUCGUCACCUCCUCCCUACUCGCAGGCCCCCGUCGCCGUCGCCGUCGCCGCCGCCACUCGCACCCCCUCGAGCAACAACGAACGACACCCCCCCGUCGAGAGAGAGGAUCCCCGUGUCGUUGUCGCGUCAGUGCCGCUUUCCUCCCUCUCUCUGUCACUCUCUGAAUUCUAAUUACUUUUUUUCCUUCUGACUUGUCGCAUUCGUCGUCCACAUGUGUAUACUUAAACUCGUCGCAUCAACUAAUAGUCGGCAUGCUGCAUUAUCGUGUACACAAGCUCACGCUCUUUUUCUUCUGUUCUAUUAUACGCUUUUUUCUUAUAUCGUGUACUUCGCUGCGACGCUGCCGUCACCGUGUCGCAGCGACGCUUCUCUUUCUCUAUCUCUCUCUCUCUGUAAGCGCAGUAGUCAUCGCCGUCGAUGCUGCUGGUCGCUUCCCCGCCCGCUAUUCUCCGACUUGCGACUCUCUUUCUCCCUCUGCGGAUUGUUUCCGAACGAUCGCCGUUGACGCAAUCGUCGACGAAAGAGAGGGAGGGCCAAUUAUUCAAUUAGUUCGUCGUCGUCGAUGUUAUGUGCUUCGCUGCUUGUGUGCGCCGAACCGGAGGAGAGCCGAUCUCUUUCGCUCUCUCCCUCGCGCGCACACGUCUUCGUUGAAUCGACGUUGCGCAGCGCGCAACGGCAAUCGGUUUCUCUUCUGUGAUCCUCCAUGGCGGAACGACGCAACAGACGGACAAACAAACGAAAAAAAGGCCAGAAAAGCAUUCCGCACUUUCCAUCGCGCUGCUUUCGCAUCGUCAUUAUUUUCGCACGCGCAUCGAAAGGACCGCUGUAUAGUCCUUCCCGAGACACAAAAGCUUGUGCCAGAAUAUACGAGAUAAACUAAAGCAACCAUUUCGGUGUAACUUCAAACUGACAUGAAAUCAAAUGUACGAACCUUCGUCGUUCUUCGUUAUACCUUGUAGCAGCGGCUCUGCAUCUUUGUAUUUUGUUGAAUUAAUCAUGCUGAUCGUCGCGCGGGUGUAUGCGUGUUUCUUAAUUGCGUGCUUGGAAAUUGACUCGUCUUUAAAUAAAAAAAAUUCACGUAAGCGCCUCGCACUCACUGACCUUCUCAACGAUGUGUUCUCUAGAGUACCUAUGUGCAUCGUUUAAGCACGUAAUGUUGUAUAUUAUUUAAGAAAGUUUAUAGAAAAAAAAAGACGAAGGGUCGGUCUCGAGACAGCCUUCGGAAUGGACGAGUCAAUUUUCGCGCGCAAGCUACACCGUUAUACACUCGCGCACGAUCCUCUGGUGUAUGUUGACGCUGUAAUGCACGCGCACUUCUGUCUCGUGGCUCUGUAGCCUGUGUGUUGUUCACAGACUUUUUGUGGCCGAAAGUCGCGCCUCCUCAUUUUUAGUUUAAAACAAUGCUCUCGUCGAAGGCUCGAUUCUUUCUGUGUAUAUCGGCGAGCAAGAGAAGGAAAUGGAAACGAAGUGGAGCGCGCGCCGCCUCCUCGAUUGGCCGAGAUGGUAUAUAUAGUCAAAGAAACUAAUCGCGUAAAAAAGUGCAUGUACGAAAUUCUGAUCAUAAAAACGAGGCGAAAGAGAGACCCCGACACCCGUCGUCACCUUAUUCGCAGCAUCACUAUAGCGCCUGCAUCGCAAAUUACCCACUACAAUUCUGCAUCACCAUUCAUUUAUCAUCCAUCACGGCUCGUUAAAACGAUUUGAUUCUUAUUUCUUAAGAAUGAUUCAUAUAUAUAUUACCAUAAAAUAUUACAUGUUAUAUAUACAUAUUAUAUAUAGAGAGAAAUGAUACAAAAAAGAGUAUAUAUGAACGAGUAUAUACUACAAUUGUUCUGUGAUACACCACGUUACGGGGCUUUAUCACAAUAUUAUAAAUAUAAUUAUAUACACGCGAGAAAAGACGUUCACCCGAGAACACACGUUAUUAAUAUGAUUAUUAAAUAAUUAUUAAUUUUUACUAGUAUCAAUGUUUAAAUAACAUUAUUACUAUCAUCAUUAUUAUAAAACAUGUUUAUGAGAAGAUAUUUAUAAUUAAUACUUGUUCGUUAAGUAAAAAUCAGAGCAUCAUGAAAAUGACUAACGAAAAGUAAUUACGAUGUAUAGUAGUUGUAUGGAUACGAAGGGGGAUAAAAAAUAACGUAAAUAUUUAUUUUAAUCCAAAAAAGAUGAGAUCGUAUGUAUAGUUGUUAUAACAAUUCGAGCAUAUAGGGGUUGCAGUUAAACUGUCGCCCCGUUAGUAAUUAUAAAUACAACACAAUGGGAGGCUGCCGCGUGUGUGAUAUCAUUUCAGAGACGCAUCGAUUUCUUCCCGAAUUCAGAAGCAAAAAAAAAAAGAAAAGGAAAGAAAAAACAGAGUCGAGAGCAUGUUCAGAAUCAACGCACAGAGGCGUAUGUGGUAUGGUGUUGUGUGCGUUCGGUUUGUACAAUCACGUCCACGUGACCUUCGCGAAGUUGUUAGAUAAAAUUGCGCGCAUAUACGCUAUUAUCUAAUCGUUUUACAAGCUUCUCUCGUUUUUCUCACACAUACACACAAACAUUAACAUUAAAAAAAAAGAAAGAAAAAAGUAAAAAAAAUUAAUAUUGAACGCGGAAGAAAUAUAUGACCGUCCCUCGAGUCCUACGCGACUGUUAACGGCCUCCCAAGAACUUUUGACUUGUCCGUCAGGGGAAAAGCAAAGAAAAAAAUGAAUUUGUAAAACAUAUUAAUAUAUGUGUGUGUAUAUAUGCAUAUAUAUAUUAAAUAUAUAUAUAACUAAAGAAAUUGAAUUAGAAUAUGGGGGAUUUACGAGGCAUUGUAUACAGCAUACUGAGUUCCUCAGAGAAUACAUGCGCAAAAGGAAUUUUUUUUCUUGUUUAAUAAAAGGGAAAAAAUGUAAUGCGAACGAUUAUAUUAUAUAUUAUAGUACGAAAAAAUCAAAAGAAAAGUCGAUCAAGUUUGCAAUCGCAGAACUGAAAUAAAUGGCUUUUAAUGUAGAUAAGAGCCGACAUUUUUGAACGUUCCGUCGCUACGACACGAUAUAUUCUUACCCAUUUUCGGUCAUUUUCAUUCGAGAAACAUUAUUGUAUAUUAUAAAAGAGUCAAUCGCCGUUCAUUGUAAUACCAAAGAUAUAUUCAUUCUGUCAUUAAAAAAAAUUCGUAUAGGCAAAUCGAAGUAUCGGCCCUCGUCGCUCGCUGCUCAUAAAAAACAUGUACAUUAUAUUGUAACUCGUUGUUGUUUUACGCUAUAUCGAUUGGGACUGGCUGGUCCGGUGCCGUCAAGAAAUAAUCAUUCCGACGUUGAAUAUAUAUAAUAAUAAAUAUAUAUAUACUAUAUUUAUACGUGUCAUGAAGUUCUCAUGAUAACAGACAUAUAUAUAUAGAAAGAUAGAGCUUUAGUUUCUUAAUUUUUUAAUUGUCCAAAGAAUUUAUUAUCGUCGUGGAUAUAAUACAUUCAUGAAUUACGAACGGUAGACCGAUAUCGAUUUGCUUAUAUUAUAUAUGCGAAAAAAAUUAUAUAAGAUAUAUAAAAGCGCGCGAGCCACGAACGUUCAAAAAGUUGCGCGCAUGGAUACACUUGGGAAAUAGGACAGAAUUGACGCGAUUCCAAAACGUGUCUUGGUUUAAGAAAACAUUAUUUUUUUGUUCUUCAUCUUCUUUACAAAAAAGAAAAAGAAAAAAUCGAUCACUUACAUACCACACACGCUACGCUCAUCUCUCGCAUACUUGUUAGAUAAGGUAUAAAAUUGUUGUGUAUGCGAAGAUAAUAAAUAAUGUUUAUGAAAAAAAAAAAAAUAAAGUAAAGUAAAAAAUG